AUGCAUGAAGCAUGGAAGACGGGUCAAGAGCAAUACGAUCGGGAGAAGCCUAUGCUCAUCGAACAGGGAAAAUACGACCUGAUCAUCGAGGAUAGUGACGUCCAUCCAACUCCGAAGGAGAAGCGUCUAGCCAAAGCCGAGGCGGAUCACAAGUUUAUGGUCGAGUCUUCUAGAAAGGAGAGGGAGUUUCUGCGGCGGAUCGGCCAUCCAAUUUCAGCUGAACUUGAGGCCGAAUGUAAGGAUCAGCCACCUUCAGCUGAACUUGAGGCCGCUUGUGAGGAUCAGCCACUACCUGAGACGGGAUCAGAGGAUGAGCCAACUCCAAGACCUGACGAUCAUUCAAAAUGGAAGUCGCGCAAGAGAUCUAAGCUUGAUUCGAGUUCGCCAGACAGUAUUCGAGGUCAUUUCAAGAAUACUCGAGUUGGCAAAGAAGGCGAGGAGGACACCGAUGACGACGAGGAAGACGCCGAUGAUAAUGAGGGGGACACAGUUGUUGGCGAGUACACCGAUCACGGCGGUGAUUCCGAAUACGGUCUUUGA